AUGGAACAUGUCCACAGGACUGCGCUCACGGAAACCGAGGACGACCUGAGGAUUGAAAAUCAGAAUUUUUUGGGAGAAGCGGAAACUGUGGUGCGCCUGGUAAUUGUAUUUGUGGACAUCCUACUAAUAGCAAGCUUGGCAUUGGAUUUAAACGUUAAUUGCGAUGGAUAUUUACGAACAUGGAUCAUAGGAGCAAUAUUAUUGAGUUUUUUCUUAUUUUCUUUUGUAAGAAGAGUUCAAGUUUUAUUAAAGGAAGACAAAGGGCUAUUCUCUGAGGUUCUUUUAAUGCUAGUGUGCUUUCUGUGGACAUACUUUGGGACAAUUCAGAUUAACAAAGCCAGUUCGUGUCAGAAGAGUGCUCCUUACUUAUUUUGGACAGUGUUUACCUUAGUUACUACGAUUUGGUGUUCCAUUAUAGGACUAAUUUUAAGCCUGAUGAUUAUAACAAUAGGCUCCUUUUUUGUUGUUCGAUCGAAGGUAGGAUAA